AUGGCCGGAGACGAGGAAAAUCAGAAUGCGAGCAAUAAUUUGGACUCGACCAAUCCGAUGUACAUGCACCCGUCGGAGAGUGCCGGAACGACUUUGGUACAUGUUGCAUUUGAUGGAACUAGGAACAGAUCUUGGAGAAGAGGAGUUCUCAGAGCACUAUCCAUGAAAAAAAAGGUUGGAUUCAUCACCGAAAAAUGUAAGAAACCUAAUCUUGAUGAUGCGACUUAUGAUCAGUGGGCUCGAUGCGAUGACAUGGUUACAUUGUGGAUUCUAAACUCACUUUCAAAGGACUUAGUUGAUAGUCCACAAUAUGUCAGUGAUCCUAUGGAAUUAUGGCAAGAGCUGGAAGAUAGAUACGAUCAAACUAAUGGAGCAAAAUUAAAUCAAUUACAGAAGGAAAUUAACGACCUUAUCCAGGGAGCUUUGGAUAUCACAGGCUAUUACACAAAAAUGAAAAGGCUUCGGAAGGAAUUGAAUACACUGAAUGCACACCCACAGUGCAAUUGUCAGUGUACCUGUGGUGCAAAGGUCAAUACACAAGGCUGA